AUGAAAUAUAACUUAUUGGUCAAUUGUUAAAUAGAAGCUAAAACAAUAGAUUAUCGGAAUAGGGCAUUUCAACUAAAAUAGCUUCUUGGUAGUGGCUCAGAAGGAGCAGCUUAUCUUGCUACUGCUUAUAAUUGGGGCAAUAAUCCUUAAUAAGUUGUAAUUAAAUUACAGAAGAACAUGAAGCCUAAUGAAAGAGAUUUUCUAACCAAAUUAAUAUAAUACUAAACCUAGUUCGAAAAUGGAAACAAUUAACAAUAUUUACCAAGUCAUUUAAUAACAAUAUAUGAGUAUUUUGAAUGGAGAGAAAAUCAUUGCAUUAUAAUGGAAGUUGGAAAAGAAAGUUUAUAUGACUACAUUAAUCUGAAUAAGAAUGUAUCGAUGGAAUAAAGGGUAAAAAUUUGUUAUUAAGUAUUAUUUUAAUAAAUAUAAUUAUAGAUUUGUUAACCAAUAUAUUUCUUACAUUCAUACAAAUUAAUCCAUAGAGACAUUAAACCUGAAAGUUACAUUAAGGUAGGCGAAAUUUUUAAACUUAUUGACUUUGGUUUGAUUCGGAGUUCCACAUCAGACUAUAAAACAUAAUAAGUUGGUAGUGCUAUCUUUUAAGCACCAGAAAUUUUAGAAAAUAGCAGCUCAUAUACAGAAAAAGUUGACAUCUGGUCGUUAGCCUGCGUUUUUUAUGAAAUAUUAUCAACUUAACCAUUAUUUGAUGGUAUUAAUAAAUUUAUAAUUUUAGGAUCAAGUAUCCAGCAAGUUAUAGCAAGUAUAAAGAAUCAUAAAAGUUAGCCACACAUUAAAAAUAAUAAAAUUAAAAACUUAUAAAUUUCAUCAGAAAUUAAAGAAAUUUUAAUUAAAAUGCUGGAGUAUCAAGAAAACGCUCGGCCUUCAAUAGAAUGGGUUUACCAACAAUUACAAUAAUCGAUCAAGAAUAAAUAAAUUAGUGAGUUUGACUUUAAUUCAAUCAAAAGUGAAAAGAUCUAAAAUUUGGAAAAACUUUAGUCAAGUCAGAUCCCAUUUGAUUAAGGUUAAUCAGCAAUUACAGAGUGCAAUGCUGUAUUUGAGAAGUUAAUAAUGAAGGGGUAGAAGUAAUUUAUAAAUAUCUUAAACAAUUAGAACAAGGAAUACUAGAGUAAUAUUGAUAAAUUAAAAAUUAAUUAUCAAAAUGAAAUGAUAAAAUAAUUAGAAGAAUUAAGAAAAUAAAGUACUAAUGAAAAGAACAAACUUGAAUAGGAUUAAUAACAAUUGAAGUCAGAGUUUUAACAAUUCUAAUAGAAAAGUAAGUAAGAAGAAGCAAAAUAUUAAAAAGAAAUUAAUCAACUAAAAAAUGAAUUAAAAGAAUUUGAUUAACAGUUAAAUCAAGCUAAUUUAUAUUUAGAAAAACACAAGUAGGAGAACAAAAAUAUAUAAUACGAAUUAAAAGAAUUAUAAAUUAAAAAUUAAAAUUAUGAAAUAAUAAUUCAAGAACUCUAAGUUAAACUAAAAGAAACAAGGAAUCCUCUAUAUUAAUCUAAAAGCUUAAUGGAGUACAUUUAGAAUUUAUAAAAUGUUUAAAUGAUACAAAUAUAAGAAUAAGGCUUUUCGGAAAAAACUGAAAAUAAAUCCAGAGAUUGCUUAAAUUUAUCAUAAAAUGUCAAUCUAAUUGAUUAUGAAAGGUAAACCAACUUAGAAUCAAAUCAAAAAAAUAUUAUAUAAGCUAACAGUAACUAAGAAUUAACAAUAGAAUUAUAAGAAUCAAAUGAAAAAAAUGUCAAAAUAGAAAAUAUUAACAAAGAUUUAACAAAGUAAUUAUAAGAAUCAUAAUAACAAUUCAAAGAAUUUAAAUAAAUUAGCAUAAAAGAAAAUGAAAGAUUGAAAUCAGAGUUGGAAAACUUGUAAAAGAAAACUUAAGAAUAAAAUGUAAGGUAAAGUAAGGAAAUUGAUUAAUUAAAUAAAAGAAUAAAAGAGGUUCAAGAAACAUUAUAAAAUCAAUUAAAUUAAGCAAAUAAACCUCUAAAUUAAGUUAAAGGCUUAAUUGUUUACUUUAAAGAAAAAGAAAAUCUAAGUAAAUUUUCUGAAUAGAAUAAUGACUUAUUUAUGGAAUUAUUGGAGUCUAUAAAUUAAUAAUGUUGA